UUGGGGGUCAGGUGCUGGAGAUGCUGUGGUUAACAAUGUGCUACAGAGGUCUAAUGGCUGACAAAAAGGAUUGGCCUAUUGAGGAUGAAGAGGAUGACAGAAACCUAAACUACAUUGCUCCGGUCCAGAAGAGUUUGGAGGAGAUUCGGCAACUGGACAAAGAUGACGAGAGUCUCGUCAAGUACAAGCAGACCCUGCUGGGGAGGGAAACACUGCCGUCAGACCCCACGGCCUGUAAUGUCCAGGUGACCAGACUGACCCUGCUGUGUGACGAGGCUCCUGAACCAAUCACCAUGGACCUGACAGAUGACCUGGGGGCUCUGAAGGAGAAGACCUUCUCUCUAAAGGAAGGAGUGACGUACAGACUAAAGAUUCACUUCAAGGUGAACAGAGAAAUUGUUGCUGGCUUGCGGUACCAUCAAGUGACCACCAGAAAAGGAAUAAAAGUGAACAAGGCAAUGCACAUGGUGGGGAGUUACGGCCCAAAGGAAGAGGAGCACGAGUUUAUUUGCCCGACCGAUGAGGCACCCAAAGGCCUGAUGUCACGUGGCUACUAUCAGGUCAAGUCCUGCUUCAUUGACGACGACAAGAACGCCUACUUGGAAUGGGAGUGGAACUUCAACAUCACUAAGGACUGGAAGGAAUAGAUAAAGAGAGAGGGAGAAAGAUGAUGCUACUCUUCCCUUCUUUCACUCCUAUUCUUCACCUCCCUCUUUUUCCCCCCCUUUCACCCUCCUCCAUCUCGUCCCGUGAGAGCAGACUUGCAAGGGUCUGAGACGGGAGGCUCUAC